GGGAAAAGGGAAAAGGGAAAAAAAGAAAGAAAACAAAAGUAGCCGAAAAAUAAAAUUGAGGGUUUCGACAGAUUGUGAUUUGUGAAAUAUCGACAAAUAUCUGCAGUUCGAUCGAGUCAACUAAAUAGCAAAAUGCCGGUGAGAAUGGUAGAGACUUCCUCUCCUUCUGAAGUUUCAGGUGCGACUACUGGAAAUACUAUGCCCCAGCCCUGUACACUCUUAAGUGUUGGACAGGCUUUCUCAGGGACUCAGAAUGUUUCGAGUCUACAGAAAGAUGAAGCUUGGAGAGUGAAUGUACGAAUCCAGGGUUAUGACAAUGAUCGUGGAUAUCUAUGUGGCACAAUGGAAGCUCUGAAUGUUCCCAUGGCAGAUACUCCGGUUGUUACGUUUUGGGAAGGGGAGAUUGUGGACACCAAGAACUAUACAUUCUAUACUGGAAAGUGGGGAGCAACGCGAGAAGACGACAUCAAGCACUGGACAAAAUUUCCAUCCUUUCCUCCUCUACUGCCCAAAGUGGAACCUGAUGGAGGGAAAUCGUUAGACUUGAGCAACUAUCCUUAUAUAUUCAUGCUUCAUUCUCUUCAAUUCGGGCAGAGGUGGAAGGAGCAACACUUUGUCAACGUUGGAACUGAUUGCGGACUGACAAUUGCUGGCUUUUACUAUGUCUGCUUCUCCUGUAGUGAUGGAUCCAUCAACGGAUUCUAUUAUGAUCCUAACAGCAGCCCUUUUCAAAAGUUGGAGCUGAAGUCCAUAAGUGUUGGAAGAUCGGGAUUCAGUUUCUCCACUUAUGAACUGCAGUAAAUGGAGCGUGAUAUUAUCUGUCCAAACCAUUGUUGGAAGGUAAAAUUUUCAAUCGCCGGCCAAGCUGAUUGAACUAGAAUGUCGAGAAGCUUUUCUUGAGAUCAUUUAAAAGUUUAGAAGCACAUACACUAUAUAUGUAUGAGAGUGGAUGAAUUUUGUGUAAUUUGAUACUAUUUCAAUAUCAGUAAUGCUACCCCAAAAUAUGCUCUCA